CCUUGAAUUCCUUUUGGAGUUGAAAAAUAUAUCAUUGCCUCUCUUUGGCUAGAAUUUCAAGGAAUGCCUACGUAGGUUGGUUCAUAGAUCAUAACAAAAUGAAAUCGCCGAUUGUAAGGCUUACCUGGGACUCUGUGACCUUUGAUCUCAUCAUUGUCGUCUGUCCUUUUCCUUCAAUCUGCUGACUUCGAACCUUCACUGUCGCAUGCAGCAAUGAUGAUCAUUUCCGCAUAUGCCCUCGGCUAGUUGCCUGUAGGCGCUCCGGGUCGCAAAGCGCAUCCAUCCCAUGUCUGACACAACAUCCCCUCAUCCAAACCUUAAGACACUCGUCGACCUCCCGCGAUAUUCCCAACAUACCUAAUUGCGCACCAUCUCCCUUAAGUCGAGUUCAGAGGUCAACAAAGAUAUACCUAUACCUGACAGCCAUGAAGACAGAGAAAUACCCCCUCACGCCACCCCCGCUCUCCGCCAUCGCCGCCGCCCUGCCCCCCCACCUCGCGGCCAACUACGCAUCCUCCUCUGUGACCGUCACCCCUUGUCCAGACCUCCGCAAUGAGCCGUUCAACCUCACGACCCGCGGCCUGGGCGGCUCGCCCAGGGUCGCGGAGGUCGGCGGGCAGUCCAACCUGUUCCCGCAGCCGCAGCUCCAGCAGAUCUGGUCCCUGCCUGACCUCGCGCGGGAGAUGGAGAUGUCUCCGCACCGCGGGAACUUGAUCGGUGCCGGCGCGGGACCGUGGAAGGACGUCGGGCAGAACAGCGAGUUGGCUGCGGACUACAGCUGGUCCGACGGCGGCGAAGGCGGUGGCGAUGAUCACGACGAUCAGGAGCAGCAGAAGCAAGGGACCACCAACGACAAGAACGGCUCGCGGUGCGUGCUGGUCAACAAGUCCUCUGGAGAAGUAGAGGUCCACAAAGCCCCGGCUCCCAACUGCGCACUGAUGUGCAACCUGUUCGGCUCGCACGGGGAGGCUGGCGAUGUGCUCAAGAUUACGGCGCGCGGGCGGACGGGCGAGCGGGGGAGCUUCACCGAGUGCAUCCAGGCCGCGCUGCACGAGGCCUUUGGUGGGGACACGACCGUGAGCCUCGGAGGCGUGGUCCUCAUCAAGAAGGGCAAGGCCAAGUACCACGUCAUGCCGGACUUCCCGGCCGACAAGGACCUCCCGUUCAAGAAUCUUGACCGGCUGAUGCAGUGGUUGACGUGGCACGAGUACGAGGGGCCGAUAAUAGGCUUGUCCGUGCUGCAUUCGGCGGACCCGGGGGGCAAGAUCGGCUUGCGGUUGGAGCAUACGCACACUUUCUCGCCGACGGGUAAAGGAGCUGGUGGGCAUUAUCAUUUUGACCUGAAGGAGACGAAUGGCGAGGAUGUCGAGUACGAGGCAUACUUUAAUGCUGCCGAGGUUAUUUAUCGGAUAGAUCGAGUUGCGCAAAGGAAUAAAGCAUAAUGAAUAU